ACUCUCUUCUCUUCUUCAAUCUUCUCCUCUUCUCUUCUUUUCUUCUCUUCUUUUCCAUGGCGAAUAAUGAAGAUAAAGACCAAUUUCACUUUGACCCUUUCUAUUACAACAAUCAUGAACUCAACCAAUCAAACUUUCCCUUGUUUAGAAUGAUUACUAAUACUUCUUCUUCAUCUCAUCAUCAUCAAGAAGGGUUUAUUGAUAACAACACUACAAGUUUCACUGAUUGUUUGUUACAUGGUAAUUCCAUGGAUUAUAACACUCUCUCUAGAGCCUUUGACUUGUCUUGUUCUUCACCUGAAGUCAUCUCAUCAUCCAUUGAUGAAAACAAGAAUCAACUACCAUCAUCAAGUGUUGUUGGUGGAGACUCAACAACACUCAAUUCCUCAGUUUCUUCUUCAUCUAAUGAAGCUGAUGCUUCACUUACUGAAGAAGACUCAUCAUCCAAAAGUACCAAGAAACAUGAGAAGCAACCAAAAGGGUGUCAACAAGAAGAAGAAGAAGAUGCAAAGUCCAAGAAAGAGAAUAAUAAGAAUAAGCCAAAGAAGAAAGAGAAAAAGCCAAGAGAGCCACGCUUUGCAUUCAUGACCAAAAGUGAGAUUGAUCACCUUGAAGAUGGAUAUAGAUGGAGAAAAUAUGGACAGAAAGCAGUAAAAAAUAGUCCAUAUCCAAGGAGUUAUUAUAGAUGCACUACUCAGAAGUGCAAUGUGAAGAAGAGAGUGGAGAGGUCAUACCAAGACCCAUCAAUUGUGAUCACAACAUAUGAAGGGCAGCACAACCACCACUGCCCGGCGACGCUGCGCGGCAGCGCCGCCACCGUGUUUGCUUCUUCACCUUCCCUUUUUGCUUCCACAUCCCUAAUAAGGCCAACAAGUUUCCCCCAAGAUUUCCUCUCUCAAUUGCUUCCAACUUACACUACUAACAAUAGUAACACCCAUCAACCACUAAUAAAUAAUAAUAAUCAUCAUCAAAACCCUAUUUUCCAAUUAAACCUUGGCCAUAAUCCUCAUUAUCCUCCUCCUCCACCGCCAUCACAAGAGCAUCAAGAACAACAUCAUCUUCAAUUCCCUCAUGACUAUGGCUUGUUGCAAGACCUACUACCUUCAUUCCCAGGCAAACAAGAACCUUAAUUUUGAAUUGCACUUCUCAAAAUGCAAUCUUGUUAGUAGGGUUUAAUUAUCACCGCUUUGAUCCAUCUUGCAACCGCAGUUAUGAUCAUGUUGUUAUUAUUAUUAUUAUUAUUAUACAUUUUUUCUGUAAUUUUUAUGUAUCUUAAUAUAUAUAGCUGC